AUGAGCACUCGCGCGAGAUGCUCGUCCGAGGUGCAAGCGCUUCUCGAUGAGAUCGUUUUGAGCGCCUCCAGCUCCGCCAAGAGCGAGGUCAUUGCGCUCGAGCGCCAGCGGCUCGCCGACGAGACGGAGCGGUUCUUAUCGCUACAGCGGUCGGCCCCGUCGCCAGUCUACGACCAACGCCCGGCCAGCUGGACGCAGUUUGACGCGCACACGCUGUCUCCGACGGCGUCGCACUCGCCGCAUAACUGGUCGCCGUACCGAUCCACGCGGGAUGCCGUCCAGGCGCCGUCGCCGCGGAGGCAUCGCUUCUUCCAGGACAACGAGCCAUCCUAUCCUCGAACGCUGGCCCAUGCGGAUAAGGACGAGGACGAGGACGAGACGGAGCUCGGAAACCCGCUGGAGCAGUCGCUCUGCUGCGACAGUACGUUCGUGCCCAUCGACAAGCCCUUGUCGACCUUUGUGCCGCCGCGCGUGUCGACGCAACCAGCGCCCGUCGUCGUAUUUGCCAAGCCAUCGAGUAUCUCGCCACUGAGCUCGAUCGACGAGAACGACCACAACCGCAAGGUCAUUCAGACCAGCGGCAAGUACAACUGGGACGUUGCCGACGCCGUCGUACCCCGUCGGUCGGCGGCGCGCAAACCGACCACCAGUAGCAGUAGCAGUAGUAGCGCCGACCCGUCGCAGUUGUUUCAAGUCAAGGUGCUCGUCUAA